UACAUCUCUGGUUUCCUCUAUUCACCUUCCAAAGACGCAAACACCGAACUGUAGAAGAUGUGUUGAAAGAAGGAAACUUCAAGGUAAAUAGGGAAAAAAACUCUUCGCUUUGAGCAUUGGUUGAUAUUUUUUCUAAGAAACCUGAGAUUACGAAGAUUACGAGGAUCUCAUGUGAGCACGCAUUCUUCUAGACCAGCGGCUUGAUGAAUCGUACAAGAUGACAAUCUCGUGUCGUGUUGUGUAAUAUGUCAAUCUCGAGCCCAGAGUCAUUUUUGGCCUCUUCUCAGCGGUAUGGUCGCUAAGAAAUGACGACCACGCCGCUGAGAGGGAGCUGAAAUGACCCUGGGCUCGAGAUCUGUGAUAUGAUGAGUGAAAAUAUGAUAAUGUAGGUAAACUUGGAGAACUAUCAUCAAUGCCUGAAAAAAUCCAAUAUUUCAUGUUGACAUUAUGUCAUUUGUUUGUUUAAGAUCUUGUUUAGAAGUAUUUUUGAAUGAUAUUGAGGCUAAUGCAUUACUUUCGUGCCGUUAUGGUUCGGCAAGCUUGUCUAUUAAUCCCUGUAAAGUUUUACUACAAUCUUCGUUGUUCUUUAAAUCCAGAACCUUCAUAAAUAACCUCGAAAAAAUUCAAGCUGAAAGCUCUCGGGCGAAAUCAGUGAAACAGUUUUGAUAAGCAAUCUAUCACUUGGCGAAAUGCUCAAAAUGCUCCUUGAGAAGGAAUAUAGUUUGUAACAUUGAACAAAUCUGAAAUAUCAUAGUUGGCUUUGAUAACGUGGUAAGGUAUACGCGUUAAAGAGGCUCGUGUAUUGCAUGCAGGCAUUAGAACUUGAUAUUGAGAUGUUUCCUGGGGUUUUUAUUUUAAAUUCACCUUUUCCUAUUGCGUAGCCUGCGGGAGGCUUUGACGAAAAUGGGAUGCGGAAAAAAAAGUUAUUGACAGUGAAUAAAUUUUCGCUCGUAGUUUUGCUAAAUAGUAAGAAAAGGGUAGUGCACUUUAAAGGAUUUUGGCUUUUUAAUUUUUUACCAGAUAUUUGACUCAAAAGACCACUAUUCCGUGUUGCUCCCCUCUCACCCUCCCUUUUCUCCUCAUUUCCUAUUCUGAAGUUUAAGAGUUAUAAUUUAUAGAGGCCCUUUUGUUUUGUGUUUGACGACAUCAUUUCUCGGCACGGUAGAUUGCGCAUCAGCCGAUAACUUAGGCGACGUGGCUUCACACGAAGCAUACAACGUGUUCUAUAAUUGACGAAAUCCUAGGUCACAGAUAUAAUAUUCGCUAGUUUAGUUAAACUUGCUAUAUGAUAGUACAAAGCGCCCUUUAGGUAAAGCGUACAAACCUCAGUUUCGCAAUGUUUCGAGUUUGGAAUUCGUGUUGUCUUCUGUUGUGUUGCGGUUGCAUUUUGUAUACGUUGGCCUUCUCAUCGAAAAAAGAACCGAAGAAACCCACUAAAGAAGAGAGCGAAAAAAAGAUUAACGAAACUAUUAGUGCACUCCUUGAAGUCAUGGAUAAGGAUAACGACGACAAAGUGAAUGAAGUAGAAAUGAUUGCCUGGGUUAGUAAAACUUUGAGGAAAAUGUACAAAGAGGAUUCGAAGGAAUUCGUGGCCAGGUUUGAUACCGACAAAGAUUCCAUGCUUUCUUGGGAAGAAUAUCUUAAAAGUGAAGAAGACGCUGGAGCCUCUUCAGAAGAACAACAGCAAAGAAGAUUCGAUUUCGCAGAUGCAGACAAAGAUGGCCACCUAAACCAUGAUGAACUUACUUCCAUGCUUCACCCAGAGGAGAGACCUCACAUGUUUGAUGUGGUUACUGAGGAUUACAUGGAGGCGGGAGACAAAAACGGGGAUGGAUUUCUUUCGUUAGAAGAGUAUAAAGCAAAAGUGUUCAAGGGAAAAAAAGAAGAUUUGGAAGCUGCCGAUAGAUUCUACGUAGAUAACGAUAGAAAUGAGGAUGGAAGCCUCGACAGGGAUGGCGCUAUCACUGAUGACGAAAUUCUCAAGAAUCUCGCUCUGUUCCAGACAUUUAAUGAUAUUCUGGAAAGUGAAAAGAAAAAGAACGAAACGGCUGAAAAGGCGAAGGAUGAACUUUAGAAAUACAAUAUUUUUGUUGUUCUUUCUCUCUUUGACUCCAAAAGUGUUUGUCUAUUAAGUUCCUUAUACAGAACAAAGUUAAAUUAUAAAAUUGAAUACAGUUCAAUCAUUUUGCAAAAUUUUUUUUAAUUAUUUUGAAUGAAAAUGAUGAUAGAAAAAAUCGGGAAUCAUCGGUUACGUAGAUGUUAGGUGUAGAGAAGUCUGCGAAGAACUACAACACAGUCAAACUUCGUUUCGCAAAUAUAAGUUAUUUCAAACGAAACUAUAAGAAAAACCCCAUUCGUCUUUAAGCACUGUAGUAACAAAGCGUCACUGGUUAAGGAAGAUUUAUGUUAAUGUAUUUUAAACUGUUAGCACAGUCACCAAAAUCAGGUGUUAAAGAACUACGUUACAAUAAACAGAAUUCUGUGUUC